AUAGAUCUCAGGAGACCCAUUUCUCACUAGAUCACUGGUUUAUUAUUAACGGAUAUAACUUAGGGCAGUCAGAUGGAAGAGAUGCACAGUGCAAGGUAUAGACAGGGAAAGGACACGGGGCUUCCAUGCGCUCUCCCAGCCCUUCGGUAUAUUCACCAACCGGUAACCUCCCAGAUGAUCAUUUUUGAAAACACCUAUUUGAUCAUAUCCUUCCCUUCUAAUUGGCUCCCUAUGGUGGAGUCAACUUUUGUGGCGCCUACAGCUUACACAAUUUGAGGGCCCUCUUUAAGAAAAACAAUACAAUAUUAAGGACAGGGCCUUGGAAAGGGCAUUGCAAAUGACAGGUUCUGAAACUUCAAGCUUAGUUAGCUUCUCUAUAAAUCCGCCUCAGCCCACAAAUCUGUCCUCGUUUUUCUCCACCUUAGACUCUUUCUCCGUGCAACUUCUGGUUGGAAGGUCCUUCCCGCCCCUUUUUGCCUGGCUAACUCUUUCAGUACUCAACUGCCAGCUCCUAGUCCUCUCCUAUCCCCCAACUGGAUUAGAGGCCUUUACGGAGUCUCUCCCAAUGCUCCAGGUAUUGGCAUCUCUUUCUGUGCCAGCGGUUGCUCUUUCCCAACACCCACAGAUUCCUGGCGGAGCAGGGUUUGCACCUGUUUUACAAAGGUGGGCUGAGUCCCGGAAGAGAGACCGCCGCAGUUCCCUCCUCUUUUCGCCCCGAUGGGCGCCACCAUCUCUCCGGAACCCGCGAGUCCGCCGUCGCGGUUCCGGUCGGAAUUACUCGGCGGCGCACGCUGACAUGGCUGCGCUGGUUGUGAGAAGCGCUCGGGACGUGCUGAAGCGUGCACAACUCGCGACCAUCCCGCGGAGACAUCGACAUAAGAAGAAAUGGGCUGCCACAGAGCCCAAAUUUCCUGCCACUCAACUGGCUCUGCAGAAUUUUGACAUGACCUACAGCGUGCAAUUUGGUGAUCUCUGGCCAUCCAUCCGGGUCAGUCUCCUUUCAGAGCAGAAGUACAGUGCACUGGUCAAUAACUUUGCUGCCUGGGAUCAUGUGAGUGAUGAGCUGGAGCAACUGAGGGCCAGGGACUUUGUGAAGGAAGCCAUCUCCCACGGGGAACUGGAGCCUCAUGGUGACCAAACUCCAACUCCAGCCUCUGGGGCCUACAGCCCGAACCUUCGAUGCUUCACUUUUGCCAGAGGGGAUGUCAGUCGGUUCCCUCCUGCCAGGCUUGGCAGCCUGGGUGUCAUGGACUACUAUCUGAUGGAUGCUGCUUCCUUGCUGCCUGUCCUGGCCCUUGGUCUCCAGCCCGGCGACACUGUGCUUGACCUAUGUGCAGCGCCCGGGGGAAAGACACUAGCACUGCUUCAGACUGGCUGUUGCCGCAAUCUCGCUGCCAAUGAUCUGUCCACUUCUCGAACAGGCAGACUUCAGAGGGUCCUUCACAGCUAUGUGCCUCAAAAUAUCAGGGAUAGAAAUCGAGUUCGAGUCACCUCAUGGGAUGGCAGGAAGUGGGGAGAACUGGAAGGGGACACCUAUGAUCGGGUGCUGGUGGAUGUGCCCUGUACCACAGACCGCCACUCCCUUCAUGAGGAGGAGAACAAUAUCUUUCAGCGGUCGAGGAAGAAGGAGCGGCAGAUGUUGCCUAUGCUUCAGUUGCAGCUGCUCGCGGCUGGACUGCUUGCCACCAAGCCAGGAGGCCAUGUUGUCUAUUCUACCUGCUCGCUCUCGCACUUACAGAACGAAUAUGUAGUGCAAGGCACCGUUGAGUUCCUGGCCAAUCAGUACAGCAUCAAGGUUCAGGUGGAAGACCUGAGUCACUUCCGAAAGCUUUUCAUGGACACAUUUUCUUUCUUCCCAUCCUGUCAGGUUGGGGAGCUGGUAAUCCCAAACCUCUUGGCCAAUUUUGGGCCCAUGUACUUUUGCAAAAUGUGUAGACUGACAUAGCAUCACCCUGUUCCCCAAGUCCCGGUGUAGGAAGGUAAAGUGUAUACUCCCAUGGAGGCACCAGAAACUGAGACCAGUGGCAAAGAUGCACUCUGGGUCCUGUCUCCAUCCUGUUCAAGUCUUUCUAUAGACAGUUUUCAGCAUUAGAAAAUAGGAGUUUUUCUGUCCUGCUGUCCAGUUGUGGCACAUGAGCAGGUUCCUAACUCCCUUAUUAUACCUCCCCCCAUUUCUAAGCCUAUGCUAAAAGUUCCUGCUCCAUUAAGAGCUUAGGGGAGGAGGCAGUGAGCAGGCCUACACUUUCAGCUGUAGACUGGGGAAGAAGCAUUUAGCCAAUAAAACUGUUGAAGCUCCAUUGAGCUGAGGCUGUAGUUGGGGCCUCCUGUCAGCGCGAGUACUCUUAGUGCCAUUUGUCCCAGCUCCUGUUACUGAGCACCCGCUCCUAGGGCCCAACGCCCAGGAACUCAGCUUGGUGGCAGACCUCUGGUUACAGAGCACCUCUCACACUGGAAGUGACUUCUGUGUGUGAUCAGUCUUCAGCAACCGAUGGGCCCAAACAGACCUCUGUAGUUCCAUAGUUCAGCUGGCCCAUGAUCUAAUUUAAGGAACUAGCAACUCUCAAUGGUAAACCAAUCAUGAUAAUCUGCUUACAUGCACCAAGAAAGCUCUCCCGAGCUGCCAAUUCCUUCUGUGGACCACAGCUCUGCUGCCCUGUGUGGCUGGGGAAGCUGCUGCCGCCCCAGGGCUGUGAUCCUCUGCUGUGUGUUUCUGCCCUGUUCAUUCAUGUAGCAAGUGUUUCUGGAGCUCCCGUCUGACAGAUAGCCAGGGAGCUGUUAGAGGUGGAGUGGUAUAUGGGACUAUGGGCCGUGAGACUCCUCUUCCUCCUUCACAGGAACUCUCCUCCUUUUGCUUUCUGAGCUCGUAGGCAGGCAUCUCUUGAUAUCUUUUUCUGUUAUGCUUUUUUUUUUUUUUUUUAAAUUCCUGAUCUGUGGCUGAGCUCUGCUUCCAGAGGUUUGGCCCAGCCCCAAAUCCCUCAGAGCUCUUCCCCAGCAGCACAGGGCCGCCCUUCCUCACGGAUGUGAAGGUUAUAUUCAUGGAUGUGAAGGUUAUAUUAAAGGUCAGCAAUAUUACUUCAUUGCUGACUGCAUGCUAAUUAUGUUGUCUUUGUAACUCAGCAUAAGGAAGGUAAUCCCUCAAUGGCAGGGAUAUUAAAAAUUGCUUAUGAUCACUUGCAAAAUACUGCUUUUUUUAAUUAAAAUUUUUUUUUCUGAAAAACUGGUCUUUUGGCAGAAAAGGGAGCAUAAUUUUAGAAUACUCAUGUUCUUGGUGCCUCCCACUUUCUUUAUCCUUCCUCUUCCUCUUUCUGUCACUCAUUUUGUUCUUUAUGCCUUUCCUGCUGAUCGUUGUUUUGGUAUUAGAGGUGUCAGCUGAGAAGGAUUUUGGAUAAGGUUAAGCCUUUUCUCCUCUUGGGACUUGCAUUGUAACUGAGGGCCCUGAAAGAUCUUUCAGACUCAAAGUCAAGUGGAACUAGGAAGAUGGAGCUCCAGGGAGUAGGACUCUAAUUAGCCUCCAUCUGUGGUGUGUGGCCCCUGCCCGCUGUUUACUCGCAGUACUGGCUGAGGCUGGGAGGCGUCGGGUCCCUGGGUUUCUGCCCUUGGCCUCCCGGGUAUCCAGCCUGGUGCUGACAGAAUGCUAAGCAGUGCUAAUUCAAGAAGAGAUUGGGUCUCCUGCCCCUGGGGUCCCAGUACAUCUGGGGACAGACUGACUCAGGUUGGAAAAGCAAAGAACUAGUUUUGAAAAUAGUUAAUUAUCUCCUAUGAUUGAACAUUUACUUACCCUACAGCCCAGUUAUUCCAAUACUGGGGAUAAAUCCAGAAGGACACCAGAAGAUCUGUACAAGAAUGUUCAUAGCAAUCCCAAAAGGAAAUGCAAAUGGCCAUGAGCAGCAGAGUGGACAAAUUAACUGGAAUAUUCACACAAUGGGAGAUUAUAUGACUGUCAGAUGAGACCCAGUGACACAUAACAAUAUGGAUAAAUCUUUAUAAUAUUAAAUGAAAAAAAGUUCAGUCCCAAAAGAUUAAAUGUAGCAUGAUGCCCCUAAAAAAAAAAAAAAGAAAAACUUAUAAGAAUUUGUUAUUAUUUACAUACAAUAUAAUCAAUUUUAAAUGUACUGUUUAAUGAAUUUUGACAAUUAUAAUAUCACCAGGACACCUGGGUGGCUCAGUGGGUUAAAGUCUCUGCCUUAGGCUCAGGUCAUGAUCCCAGGGUCCUGGGAUAGAGUCCCUCAUGGGGAUCUCUGCUCAACAGGGAGCCUUCUUCCCCCUCUCUCUGCCUGUCAAAUAAAUAAAUAAAUAAAAUCUGAAAAUAAUAUAAUCACCAUCACUAUCAAAAUAUAGAAAAUAAUUCUGUCUUCUAAAAAACUUCCCUGGGACACCUGGGUAGCUCAGUCAGUUGUGUGUGCCUUCAGCUCAGGUCAUGAUCCCAGAGUCCUGGGAUCAAGUCCUGUGUUGGGCUCCCUGUUUCUUGGGGAGCCUGCUUCUCCCUCUCCCACUCCCUCUGCUGUGUUCCCUCUCUCUGCUGUGUCUCUCUCUCUGUCAAAUAAAUAAAUAAAGUCUUUAAAAAAAAAAGAUUCCUUAUAUUCCUUUGAACUUCCCCCUUCCCCCAUCCUUGGUCCCAGGAAAUCACUGCUUCCUAUCACUAUAAUUUAGCCUAUUCUAGAAAUCCUAAUGUGCCAUUUAAAGUCUGAAGCUCCCCUGAUGGCUCCCAAGGUCACUUUCUUUACUGUUUACUUAUGGUGAAUAAGUAAACCUACUGCUUUACUAAUGGUCUAUAACUGGCCUAAGUGGUUACCUGUGUCUGGUUUGAUUUCAUGGCCAGAGUAGCCUAAAACCUAGAAUUUGAGCUCUCUCAAAGCCAAGAUUCCUUACAAAGAUCAUGGUGAUUCAAACAAAAGAAUGCUUUGUUCCACAUCCUUGCUAAUACUUGGUAUUGUAAGUUUUUAAAACUAUAUUCCAGGGGGUGUGUCUGAGUAUCUCAUUGUGGUUUUAAUUUGUAUUUAUCUCAUGUUUUAGAAUUAAAUGCAACUAAGAAUUAAAAAACAUUUUUAAUGAACACAUACGCCAUGAAACUGUGUAAAAAGGACGGAAGGGUUCUCACUGUUGCAUUCAGGAUAAUGGUUCCCACAGGUAGGGGGACAGGAUGGAGCUGGAGAAAACAUAGUUAGAUUAGGUUAUUGUCAAUUAAAUUAGUAAAAAGCUAUUUAUAAAAGUAUGUUGCACAUGAUAAAAAUGAUUAAAAUGUGUCAUAAAAAAAGGAUUAUGAUUAAUCCAAUUUUGUGCACAUGAUGACCAAAAAAUAGAGGGUAGAAAACCAGCUCCUGAAGUAUAAGAGUGCCAAAUGUGUGGGGCGCCUGGGUGGCUCAGUGGGUUAAGCCGCUGCCUUCGGCUCAGGUCAUGAUCUCAGGGUCCUGGGAUCGAGUUCCGCAUCGGGCUCUCUGCUCAGUAGGGACCCUGCUUCCCUCUUUCUCUCUCUGCCUGCCUCUCCAUCUACUUGUGAUUUCUCUCUGUCAAAUAAAUAAAUAAAUAAAUAAUCUAAAAAAAAAAAAAAAAAAGAGUGCCAAAUGUGGCUUAAUAUGGGCUGUGGGAGGGGCUCUAUCUGGAGACCUGGAAGCUUAGCAGUCUUGCCUCAGUCUUCCUGUGGCUUCCCCUUUCUGUGUGGCCUCCACUAGCCCAUCCUUCACAGAGGACCAAGUGUUGGGGCAGCUGUGGGGUCACAUUGGAGAGAUGGCUUGAGUCUGUGGUUUUCACCUUGUGAGGGGCAGGAGUCAUAAAUCUGUCUGAGAGACUGGUAAAAGCUUUGGCAUUCUCGGGAAAAAUGCUUUUUACACACAGUCUCAGGGGUUUGGGCACUCCCUAAAGAUCAUCCGCAAACCCCAAGUUAAAAACCUUUAGAAAAAAAACCCCACCAAAAACUUUGGAUUAGAAGGGCUCAGGAUUUGAGGGUCUUUAGAGGAGGGCAAGGGGGGCAGGCAGAACCCCGAUGGCUAACUCAAAUCACCACUCUGUCUUCUGCCAACCUCCUUUUUGUCCCUAUGGGCGUUCUUCACCUCCCAACACAUCGCUGCCAUGGGCCCUGCUGCCCAGGCUGGACUGUGGCUACUCUUGCCGCCUUAUUUGUAAUAGCAGUGGCAGUAAUGGGUCUUGCGUGUUGAGCAGGUGUCUGUCCCAGACUGAUGCUAGGCAUUGCUUUAUAGGCAUCAUUGUUUCUUACCCUCACAAAACCCCUGAGGGAUAGGUACUCUUUAUAGUUCCAUUUUAUAGAUCAAGAAACAAGCUUAGACCACUAAAGUAAUUCUUCUUUUUUUUUUUUGGUCUUUUAUUCUUUUAGUCAAAAAACAACUUUCACAACACAUAUUUUGAUACAUAAUUUGUUAGGGAAGCAAUGAUUGUCUAAUUGUGGAUAUGACCUUGUGUACAUUUCAGCUUUUAGGUAAAAUAUGGGGAUGUCCUUAUCUCACCAAUGGUUUUCCUAAGGUAACUUUCUUCCAUAGAUAAUUUACUCAUUUUUUUAAAAGAUUUUAUUUAUUUGAGAGAGAGAGAGAGAGACAGAGAGAUAGAGAUAGCAAGAGAGAGCACAAAUGGGGAGGAGAGGCAGAAGCAGACUCCCUGCCAAACAGGGAGCCCAAUGUGGGGCUUGAUCCCAGGGCCCUGGGAUCAUAACCUGAGCCAAAAGCAGAUGCUUAACUGAGCCACCCAGGUGUCCUGCUAAUUUACUUAUUUUAUACUAAUUUUCAGUAAUCCCCUUAACAAUCCCCUAGGAUGGGAAGCCAUCCUAGGAUUUUUAAGCUAGAAAAUAAUCUGAUUGGAUUUCCAUUUGGCCUCCCACUGGGAAUAUAAUUAUCAAUAGUAUUUGCUGAACGAGGAAAUUAGAUAACUGGCUGAACGAAGCAUACUUCUGAAGGUCAGUCCUCUCCUUCAGCUGACUCAGCCUUCUUUUCUCUGAGUAAGUGGGAAUUGCUGAAUGCCAAGCAGCUCAGACUGCAUUUUGAGGCGACAUAUUAGAAGGUACAUUGCCAAAUGGGCGGAGCCUGAGGAGAGUGACCAGGUUGGAGAGGAAACUGAAAGUCUCAGCCUGGAAAGAGGAGUUGAGGGAAUUGAGAGUAUUACGCCAGGAUAGGGGAACACCUGGGCAAGGGAGAUGCCAUCUCUCAAUACGAAUGUUCUGAGGCAGAGUGGGCAGAGGUGUUUUAAGAGUCCCCAGGGGCAGAGCAGGGGGCAGUGGAGAGAAGGUGUAGAGGGCCAGAUUGCUGGUCACCGUAAGAAAUCUUUUUUUUU